AUGGCCCAGGGAGAGGCUGAAAAUAAAAACCGUCUCCUGCGGUCAGUGGCAGGUGGAGGUCUUGAAGCUAUCAGUGCUCUCAGAGCCAGAUGGGAUAAAUUUGAAUUAAUGAUGGAGAGUCAUCAGCUUAUGAUCAAAGAGCAGGUUGAGGUGAUGAAGUCAAAUGUUGAAUCUCGUAUAAAGAUGUACGAACAAGAGUUGGAAAAGUUUAAAGCCCGUUGGGAUCAAUUAAAGCCUAAUGAUGACAUCAUUGAAACUGGUAACUUGGAAGCCCUUCAGAAGUGUGUCCAGACCAUAAAGGAGAAAAAGGCUGAGUUUGGGGAACUUGAAAACACAAAGAAAAAGCUAAUUGAAGACUGUCAUCAUUUUGAAUUGGAACAGCCUGACUUUGCCCUAGCUGACAGCAUUCUCAGAGACAUUGAGGACUUUUCAGUGACCUGGUCACUGUAUGAAGAAUUCCAGGAAGGAUUUCUGGGGAUGACAAAGGAAGACUGGAUCACUUUCAGGAGCAAGACCUAUCUCUUUGAAGAGUUCCUUUUCAUGUGGCAUGAGAGACUAAGAAAACAAGAGGAACACACAACGAUGACUGUAAAACUUCAGGAUGAGAUUGACAAAUACAAAACGGUGGUUCCUGUGUUGAAGUAUGUCCGGGGAGAGCAGCUUUCUCAGGACCACUGGCUGGACCUCUUCCGUAUCCUGGGUCUCCCCAGAGGCACCACUCUGGAGAAGCUUGUGUUUGGGGACCUGCUCCGAGUGGCAGAUACAAUUGUUGCAAAGGCUACAGAACUCAAAGACCUGAAUAGCCGAGCGCAGGCUGAAGUCACCAUUCGAGAGGCCCUGCGUGAACUCGACCUGUGGGGAGUUGGUGCUGUGUUCACCCUAACUGACUAUGAGGACAGCCAGAACAAAACUAUAAAAUUGAUCAAGGACUGGAAGGAUAUUGUAAACCAAGUUGGGGAUAAUCGCUGUCUUCUUCAGUCAUUGAAAGACUCGCCGUAUUACAAAGGCUUUGAGGACAAGGUAUAUAUAUGGGAGACAAAGCUGGCUGAACUGGAUGAAUACCUGCACAAUUUGAACCAGAUACAGAGGAAGUGGGUGUAUCUGGAACCCAUUUUUGGUCGUGGAGCACUGCCUAGGGAGCAGGCACGCUUCAAGAGAGUGGAUGAGGAUUUCAGAGCAAUAAUGGCAGAUGUUCACAGGGACAGCAGAGUUACAUCACUUAAUGCAAGAGCAGGAAUCAGACAUUCUCUUAUCACUAUACUGGAUCAACUUCAACGGUGCCAGAAAUCUUUGAAUGAAUUUUUGGAGGAGAAACGUUCUGCUUUCCCACGGUUUUAUUUCAUUGGAGAUGAUGACUUGUUGGAGAUCCUUGGACAAGCCACCAACCCAACUGUCAUUCAAUCUCACCUAAAGAAACUUUUUGCAGGUAUCAACACUGUGGAUUUCGAUGAAGAAUUUCAGCAUAUUACUGCUAUGAAAUCUCUAGAGGGUGAAGUUGUGUCUUUGAAAAAUAAGAUUCGCAUUUCAAAUGAUGUUGAGGUCUGGCUGAGCGAUUUAGCUUCUGAAAUGAAAGAAACGCUGAAACAACUGCUGUUCGAUUGUGUUACUGCUGGGAGAAGAUCAGGCAUUGAUCCUUCGCUCUUUCCAUCUCAGAUUCUGUGUUUAGCUGAACAGAUUCAGUUUACAGAAGAUGUUGAAAAUGCUAUUCAAGUUCAUAAGCUUCAGCAACUGGAGGUGGACUUGAUGGCUAAACUAGACCAUUAUACUGGCGUGGAUACCAGAAAUGAGGAUUCAGGGCAAACUGAUGUUAGUGUUUUGCAGCUAAAAUUAAAAGCCCUUAUCCUUGACAUCAUCCAUAAUAUUGAUAUUGUGAAGCAGCUUCAAAAAGCAGAGAUAAGCAGUAAGGAGGACUGGGCUUGGAAGAAGCAGCUGCGAUUCUAUAUGAAGCAAGACAAGAAAUGCUAUAUUCAGAUGGUUGAUGCGGAAUUCCAUUAUACAUAUGAAUACCAGGGUAAUGCGGGCAAGCUGGUUCACACUCCCUUGACUGAUAAGUGUUAUCUCACUCUGACACAAGCCAUGAAGAUGGGGUUAGGAGGAAAUCCCUACGGGCCAGCGGGGACUGGCAAGACUGAGUCUGUAAAGGCUCUUGGUGGACUGUUUGGAAGACAGGUUCUUGUUUUUAAUUGUGAUGAGGGUAUUGAUGUUAAGUCUAUGGGACGCAUAUUUGUUGGUUUGGUGAAGUGUGGUGCCUGGGGUUGCUUUGACGAAUUCAAUCGGCUGGAGGAGGCUGUGCUGUCAGCUGUUUCCAUGCAAAUCCAGGCUAUUCAGAACUCCCUGAAAAAUCAAAGAAAUGCUUGUGAACUUCUUGGGAAAGAGGUGGAGCUGGAUCCCAACUCUGGUAUUUUCAUAACCCUGAACCCUGCAGGGAAGGGCUAUGGUGGAAGACAGAAACUACCUGAUAAUCUGAAACAGCUUUUCAGACCUGUGGCGAUGUCUCGCCCUGACAACGAACUCAUCGCAGAAGUCAUUCUGUACUCCGAGGGCUUCAAAGACGGCAAGAUUUUAGGCAGAAAAUUAGUCGCCAUCUUUAAUCUUUCUCGAGAGCUUUUAACCCCUCAGCAGCAUUAUGAUUGGGGUUUGAGAGCCCUGAAAACUGUCCUCCGGGGUUGUGGAAGCCUUCUGCAGCAGCUGAAAAAAAACGAGAACAAAAAGACAAUAAAGGAAAGUCACAUUGUGGUGCAGGCUUUGCGUCUAAACACCAUGUCGAAGCUGACGUUUACAGACUGCUCUCGAUUUGAUGCCUUGGUUAGAGAUGUUUUCCCUGGGGUUGACUUUAACGAUGUGGAAUAUAAAGAGUUAACUACAGCCUUACAGGCUGUGUUUGAAGAGGCAAAGUUAGAAAUAAUACCAAGCCAGAUGAAGAAGGCUCUUGAACUUUAUGAGCAGUUACGUCAGAGAAUGGGAGUGGUGAUUGUGGGCCCAAGUGGUGCCGGGAAGUCCACGCUGUGGCGCAUGCUGAAGGCAGCGCUAGGCAAGAAUGACAAAGUGGUGAAACAAUACACUAUGAACCCCAAAGCCAUGCCCAGGCAGCAACUUCUGGGCCACAUUGACAUGGACACUAGGGAGUGGUCGGAUGGAGUCCUGACUAACAGUGCAAGACAGGUGGUGCGGGAGCCACAGGAGGUGAGCUCCUGGAUAAUCUGUGAUGGCGAUAUUGACCCGGAAUGGGUUGAGUCCCUGAACUCAGUCCUGGAUGACAACAGGCUGCUCACUAUGCCCAGCGGGGAGAGAAUUCAGUUUGGUCCCAAUGUUAACUUUGUGUUUGAAACACAUGACCUUAGCUGUGCCUCUCCUGCCACCAUAUCUAGAAUGGGAAUGAUCUUUCUGAGCGAUGAAGAUACAGAUGUUAAUUCUCUGGUGAAAUCUUGGUUGCAAAAUCAGUCAGAUGAAUGCAGAAGCAAUCUUGAAAACUGGAUUGGAGACUAUUUUCAAAAGAGUUUAGACUGGGUUUUGAAACAAAACGACUUUGUUGUGGAUACCAGUCUGGUGGGGACAGUCUUGAAUGGGCUGUCACACCUUAGUGGUGUCAGGGAGCGAGGGCAGUUUGUUGUCAGUCUCAUCAGGGGUCUUGGCAGCAAUAUAAAUCUGAAAUCACGGCAGGAGUUUGCAAAAGAGGUUCUAAGCUGGGCCCGUGAAAGCCCACCUGAUCCAAGGAAGCCUCUGGACACAUUUUAUGACCCUCAGAUGGGACGCCUCAAAGCUUAUCUGCUGGAGAAGCCAGAAAAUCUGUCUGCAGAUGAUUUCACUAACCCUCAGAACCUUCCAGUCAUUCAAACACCCGACAUGCAGAGGGGUCUUGAUAACUUCAAGCAAUGGCUCAGCUCUGAAAACAGGCAGCCCUUUAUUUUAGUAGGACCUGAGGGCUGUGGAAAAGGAAUGCUCCUGCGAUAUGCCUUCUCCCAGCUCAGAUCCACACAGGUUGCCACUGUGCAUUGCAGUGCUCAGACCUCCUCUCGUCAUAUUCUGCAGAAGUUGAUGCAGACCUGUCUAAUACUCAGCUCCAACACCGGACGAGUCUACAGACCUAAAGAUUGUGAACGCCUUGUUUUGUACUUAAAGGACAUCAACCUGCCAAAACCAGACAAAUGGGGAACCAGCAAUCUAAUAGCUUUUCUUCAGCAGGUGCUGACCUAUCAUGGAUUUUACGAUGAUAAUCUGGAGUGGGUUGGACUGGAGAACAUUCAGAUUGUGGCUUCAAUGUCCGCAGGGGGUACAGUGGGAAGACAUGUCCUAACGACUAGAUUUACGUCAGUUGUUCGCAUAUGUACAAUCGAUUAUCCUGACAGAGACCAACUGCAGACUAUCUACAGUGCUUAUCUUCAGCCUGUGCUACACAGGAACCUAAAAAGCCACCCAGCCUGGGGUUCAGCAGGCAAAAUACACCAGCUGGCUGGAUCCAUGGUGCAGGUGUAUGAGCAGGUCAGAGUGAAAUUUACAGUUGAUGACUACAGUCACUGCCUGUUCACUCCCUGCAUUCUCACGCAGUGGGUGCUCAGCUUGUUUAGAUAUGAUUUAACUGGAGGCACAUCACAAAACUCAGUAGACCUUGUUUUAGAAGUUAUAGCUUACGAAGGACAGCGUCUCUUCCGGGAUCGUCUUGUGAGCACAAAGGACAUCAAUGCAUUUGACAACAUUUUGAUGUCAGUGAUUCGUGGAGACUGGGGUUCAGAUGUGCUAGAAAAUAUGGCAGACUCUUACUAUGUCACCUGGGGAGCUCCUCAUGAGGCUGGUGCAGUAAUAGCUCCUGGGCAGCCUUUACCUUCACACGGAAAACCACUGGGUAGACUGAGCUCCAUGGAUUUGAAGGAAGUUAUCCACAAGGGCAUAAUCCAGUAUGGAAGAGACAACAGGGAACUGGACAUCCUGAUUUUCCACGAGGUCCUUGAAUACAUGUCCAGAGUGGACAGAGUCUUGAGCUGUCCUGGGGGGUCACUGCUGCUGGCUGGACGAAGUGGAGUGGGCCGUCGUACUGCCACCUCUGUGGUUAGCCACAUGCAUGGAGCCACAAUGUUCACACCCAAGAUCUCCAGGGGUUAUGGACUGAAGCAAUUCAGAAAUGACCUAAAGCAUGUGAUGCAGCUCGCUGGAAUUGAAGGGCAGCAGGUAGUUCUUCUUCUUGAAGACUACCAGUUUGUGCACUUUUCUUUUCUCGAGAUGGUCAAUAGUCUACUGUCUUCAGGCGAGGUUCCAGGUUUGUAUACUACAGAAGAACUGGAACCACUUCUAUCACCUUUAAAAGACCAGGCUUCACAAGAUGGCUUCACCGGACCCAUUUUUAAUUAUUUUUCAUAUAGAAUCCAGCAGAACCUUCAUAUCGUCUUGAUAAUGGAUUGCACCAAUUCCAACUUCACUAUUAACUGCGAGAGCAACCCAGCUUUGUACAGAAAAUGUUCAGUGCAGUGGAUGGAAGGCUGGUCUGACAGCAGCAUGAGAAAAAUCCCUGAAAUGCUUCUUUCAAAAACAUCAGGACAGGAAGAGAAUAAAGGAGACAAAAAAGAACAUAAUAGAAAGACCCCUGGACAAGAUGCUCUUACAAAAUCUUUUCUGGUGAUCCAUGAGUCCUGUAAAGAAUAUGGUGCUACUCCCAGUGCAUACAUGACGUUUCUCCACAUCUACAGCACCAUAUACAGCAGCAAGAAAACUGAGUUAACAAAAAGGCAGAGUCAUUUACAGGCUGGUGUUUCGAAACUGAAUGAAGCCAAAGCACUUGUGGAUGAACUUAAGAGCAAAGCUGCAGAACAGAGUACAUUGCUAAGAACAAAACAAGCAGAAGCUGAUGCAGCCCUACAAGAGAUUACAGUGUCCAUGCAGAAUACUAGCGAUCAGAAGACCGAGAUGGAAAAGAUAAAAUAUAAGAUUGCGGAAGAAGUUUCUAAAAUUGAAGAGAGGAAGGCAACAAUUGAAGGUGAACUCAAAGAAGUACAACCUCUUGUAGAUGAAGCUAAACAAGCUGUUGGAAACAUUAAGCCAGAAUCACUGUCUGAAAUCCGGUCAUUGCGCAUGCCGCCAGAUGUAAUUAGAGAUAUUCUGGAGGGUGUCUUGAGGCUGAUGGGAAUUUUUGAUACCUCAUGGGUUAGCAUGAAGAGUUUCCUUGCUAAAAGGGGGGUGAGAGAAGAUAUAGCAACUUUUGAGGCACGAAACAUAACACACGAAAUUCGAGAAAGUGUUGAAGAACUUCUUCAUAAAAACAAGGCUUCAUUUGACCCAAAAAAUGCGAAGCGUGCCAGUGCUGCAGCUGCUCCGCUGGCAGCCUGGGUCAAGGCAAACAUUCAGUACUCUCAUGUGAUGGAGAGGAUUCAACCUCUGGAAAAGGAGCAGUCAGGAUUAGUUGAUAAUCUCCGUAAAACUGAAGGCAGGAAAAAGAAAUUGGAAGAUCAGCUGAACUCCGUGGGUCAGAAAGUUACAGAACUAAAGGAAAAAUUUCAGUCCAGAACAACGGAGGCUGCCAAGCUGGAAGCUGAAGUGAGCAAGGCCCAAGAAACAAUCGAGACAGCGGAAAAACUGAUCCACCAGCUUGAAGGAGAACACAAGAGAUGGAAUACACAGGUGGCAGAGAUAACUGAGGAGCUGGACACAUUGCCUAAGAGAGCCCAGCUUGCAGCUGCAUUUAUCACUUAUCUAUCUGCUGCACCAGAAGAUCAGAGGAAAGCUAGCUUGGAAGAAUGGAUGAAAUCUUCUGGUCUUCAAAAGUUUGAUCUCCGACAUUUUCUGUGCACGGAAAGUGAACAGCUCAUUUGGAAGAGUGAAGGGUUGCCAUCAGAUGACCUGUCAAUGGAGAAUGCGCUUGUUAUUUUGCAGAUCAAUGCCUUGAAGCCCCGGAGCUAUGCGUGCCCAUUCCUGAUAGAUCCUUCAUCGCGUGCUACAGAAUGGCUGAGGACACAUCUCAAAGAGUCACGUCUGGAAAUCAUAAACCAGCAGGACUCAAACUUUAUCACAACCCUGGAACUAGCAGUCCGCUUUGGCAAGACACUUGUUAUCCAGGAGAUGGAUGGAGUUGAACCAGUCCUCUACCCUUUGCUGAGAAGGGAUCUUAUUGCUCAGGGCCCUCGUUAUGUCGUCCAAAUUGGAGACAAAAUCAUUGAUUACAACGAAGAAUUUCGCUUGUUCCUUGCAACUCGGAACCCCAGUCCCUUUAUUCCACCUGACGCAGCAUCUGUUGUCACAGAAGUUAACUUUACUACAACCAGAGCUGGUCUCCGAGGACAGCUUUUGGCAUUAACUAUCCAACAUGAGAAGCCAGACCUGGAAACGCAGAAGACUAAACUUCUACAGCAAGAGGAGGAUAAGAAAAUACAGUUGGCUAAACUUGAAGAAUCUCUUUUAGAGACUCUUGCAACCUCACAAGGAAACAUCUUGGAAAACAAAAACCUAAUUGAAUCUCUGAAUAAGACCAAGGCAAGCAGUGCCCUCAUCCAGGAGUCACUCACUGAGUCACACAAGCUACAAGUCUCUUUGGAUCAGGAGAGAGAUGCCUAUCUUCCAUUAGCAGAAAGUGCUAGCAAGAUGUACUUCAUUAUAACUGACUUAUCCAAAAUUAAUAACAUGUACCACUUCAGCCUGGCAGCGUUUCUAAGGCUCUUCCAGAGGGCUCUGCAAAGCAAAACGGAGUCUGAAAACACUGAAGUCAGAAUCACAUCCCUGAUUACCUCUCUGAAGAACACAGUGUAUGAAUAUGUCUGUCGCUCCCUUUUUAAGGCUGAUCAGCUUAUGUUUGCUCUACAUUUUGUCAGAGGAAUGCAUCCAGAGCUCUUUCAAGAAAAUGAAUGGGAUGCAUUUACUGGACUGAUUGUUGGAGACAUGAUCAGAAAAACAGAUACACAGAAAUCCCUGAGAGAGCAGAUUCCAUCGUGGAUUGACCAGGAAAGAGUGGGAGCAGUGGCAUUAUUCAAGAACACCUUCACAUCCUUGUAUCAGAGUUUAUGUUUGGAUGAUGGAAGUCUCUGGCUUACUUUCUCUCAAAGUUUUACCUGUGAACAGGACUUCCCACAAUCCAUUUCUAAGAAAAUCACAUUGUUCCAACAGGUCCUGGUGGUCCAAGCAGUCAGACCAGACAGACUUCAAAGUGCCAUGGCUGUCUUUGCAUCUAGAGCCCUGGGUGAGUUGUUUUGUUAACUCAGACUCUGUUGGCAGCUGCACAAAGCAUUUUACUCUCACCUUA